AUGGCUUACGCAAAGGAUGACUUCAAUGACUUUUUGUGCUAUUACACCAACUCAGCUGAUAAAUGGGCUGCAUUGAGAAUCCCUAUGGUUCUAUUCAACCAAAUCUAUUGCAUUGAUUACAAUGGCUGGGUUACUGGAGCUUCGCCCGCACCACCACCAAAGCAAGUGGACUUCUCUUCGCAAACUAUUCCUGAGUUGAUUUAUAGCCGGGCAAGUAGUGACCGUGUAGCGGCAGUUUUUGAUGCUGAGAAAUUGUCAUUGACAUUUGCUAAGGUGGUGUCAGAAAUGGAAACGCUCGCAGCAGGUCUCUUAUCAACUGGACUUGCACCAGGAGAUCGCAUUCUCAUAUGUGGCAGCAACCAUUCGCAGGUAUUUCUGUCUGCCCUCGCCGCCUCAAGGGCUGGCCUUGUAUUUUCACUUGCUAACCCGAAUUUUGCAGAUGAGGAGAGUUUUCAUAGAGCAUUGAAACUGGGUGAAUUUCGCGCAGUGAUUUGCUUUCGCGUCCCAGGAUCUCAGGACUAUCUACACUCUCUACUAAUAAGGAUCACUCCAGAGCUUAUGCAUAGUCACAAGGGCCAACUAAAGAGCAAUACGCUGCCAAAGCUGACACAUGUUAUCCUAGCAGAAGAAGAACAUCGUCACAGUGGCUGCUUUACUUUGUCCGAAGUUUACGGGAGAUCAUCAAAAGAACGAAUUGCAAAGUUGCCUGAUUACAAUAAUUGGAGUAGUCACAAACUUGCAUGCAUGCAGUUUACGCUGGGAACCACCGCUGAGCCAAAAUUAGUAGCAAUCUCCCAUUUUCAACUUCUCAACGGUGCUCGAGCAGUUGUGACAGCGUUUGGAAUCAAAAAGGAUCAAACUCUUGCCUGUGCUCUUCCGCUCUUCCGCCUUCCCAUAUUUGCCCUUGUCUGUCUUUCGCCGUUUCUUACCGAUUCCUGCUCCGUCUUUCCUGAGCCACAGCCUCUACCCAGAAACCUUUUUGCAUCUGUGAAAAAGUACAACUGUUCUACGCUUCUAACGAAUGGUGCUGCUUUGCGAUUGCUCUUGAAGAUCAGCGAAACCCAAAGAGUAAAGCUGGAUAGCAUCGAGCAGAUUCUACUUCUGGGCGAUCGAGUCUCAAAAGAUGCUCUAAAAAGCAUUGAGAAGCAAGCUGAUAAUGUGAAGAUCAUAGCGGUAGGUUACAUGCUCACAGAGACCGGAUCAAUUCCCAUAAUGGGAGAUGCUACAACGGAUUUCACAAAAAUGGUGGGAAGGGCAAUUGCCGGAUAUGAGACCCAUCUAACUCCCCUAAAUGGCAAUGGCGAAGUGAAACCUGGUCAGCUUGGUCUGCUCCAAAUCCGUGUCUAUUAUGGAAGUACAUUUAUGGGUUAUGCGCCUGACACUAAAGGAAAAGAAAAAUGGGUGGAUACUGGCGAUGUUGCUCGCAAGGACGAAGAAGGUAGCAUUGAAAUUGUCGCCAACAAGGAGGAUCUAAUCUAUGACAACAAUAAUGGUUUGGUAGAACACUGGAAUAUUGAACGGUUACUUAACCAAAAUGAGCUUAUCAAAGGUGUACAGGUGGUCUCCGUGGGACGAGGUCAACCAGUAACCGCAGUAUGCGUACUCAGAAACAAUCAAGCCGAUACUUCCGAAGUAAAGACGGCACUUACAGCGAUGUGUAAAAAACAUGUGUUCCCUGUACCGGAUAAGUUUGCAUUUGUGCAUGAUUUUCCACGAAUACACACAAAGAUUCAAAAAUAUCGUAUCCGAGAAAUGUUGAGGGAAGGCCGAAUUACGGUAAUGUGAUCAAACGUUCUGAUGUAUAUUGC